CUGUCUCUCCACCGCCCUCUCGUGGUCACAUCUUGUUAUGACACACUACAAUCCUUCUGGUUUAUGGCAGGUUCCCCUUCACUUCCUGUAGCCGUGUCAAUCAACAGACCUAAGGUGGGGGUGGAGGAGUUCUCAGAUGCAGAGCUGUUGUGCCUCUUCCACACAGACAGAGACCCGAACCCGCGCAUCGAGUGGAGGAAGAAGACAAAAGAUGUCUCCUUCGUCUACUUUGAAGGAAGCUUCAGAGGUCCCUUCGAAGGCCGAGCAACCAUGGUCGGGACGACGGUGACCCAGCAGAGAGUGACCCUGCACAGAGUGACCCUGCACAGAGUGACCCUGCACAGAGUGACCCAGGAGGACAACGGAGAGCACCGCUGCGAGAUCAGCGCUCCGGACACGGUCAGCCUGGGCGAGACCAAUGUGACCCUCAACGUCUUGGUCCCCCCACAAACUCCCGCAUGCGAAGUCCCUGCCUCGGUGGUGACGGCCUCGGUGGUGACGGGCUCGGCGGUCCGGCUGCGCUGUCGGGACCAGCAGAGCGUCCCGCCCGCCGUGUACUCCUGGUUCAAGGACAAGUCAAUCAGCAAGCCUCGUCACGCCAACGCGACCCAUCUAAUCAACUCCCACAUGCAGAUGAGGGGAGAAACAGAAGGCGGCUCGAGCGUUUAUGACCGUCUACUUUAAAGCCAAAUCUUACUAAACUGAGGUUAAACACAGUUUAUAAUAUGCAGGAUUUUAAAUGUUUUCAAAUUCAGACCAUCUAUAUAGAACCUCUUUUUGCUUCAACAUCUCAAACUGAGUCCAAGUUCAUUUGUAUAACACACAGGAGACAGCUGGAAGUGCUUUACGUCAUUAAAACCAGGCGAAGCAGAUGAGUUUUCACUCAGGGUUUCAUCUUCUGACAGUUUGUUCCAGGUUAGCAGUGAGUAGAAGCUGAAUGCUGCUUAUCAGCAUG